AUGGACAGGGCUCUUCUUCCAUCUCUCAGUCGUGUAAAUGGCCAUGCUUUGCAUAGCGGCUGCUUCCAAACGCAUUUGAUCGACGCCACAAAGUUGAACACUUACUUGAACCAAGUCGAGGAAGAGCAAGCGAAGAGUGACCAACUUUUCGAUGGCUUUCAGUCCAGCCUUGUGGACUCAGAGACCAGGGCGCAGAUGUACGAGGAAGGGGAGUUCUUGAAGCCAAUGCUAGUAGCUCGCAUUGCUGCUGCAGAGGCGGGAAAGCUGACUUGCUUCGAGGGAGAUGCCGAACGUAAAACGAAGUUGGUUCGCAUCCGCCGGCUACUUCGCACAGCUGUGACUGGAGUAUUCGAAGCAUUCGACGAGGUGCUCAACGCAAGAUCUCCAACAGCGACUGUAUCUGAUCUUGACAUCGCUGUAGCAAAGGCUAAAGCUUGCUGGAAAAGACUCUCAGAAUAUGAGCGGGCCUAUCUGGAUCUCCUCAAGACCCCUGGAAGCGUUCCUGGAACUACAGCCUACUCCGAUGCGCUCGAAGUCCGCAAGAAGAUGGCGAAGUCACUGGAAGCUACUAGAAGGACGUAUAGAGUGCUUGAAAACGAGCUCUUGGCUGGUAUCGCAGCUAAAACGCUGGGUGACCGCGCCUUCCUGGUCCAACCUAUGAGCGAAGAGAAUAUGGCAAAGCUUGCUAAUGCCUUGAACGCUCUACCAACCGCUGUACAGGAGGAAGGAACACCUCAAAGCCUGACUAGACGCUCGCACCGCGACUCCGAUGGUCGACCCUCGGGGGAGGUUGAGGAAGAAUUACCCCCAGUCGACGAUCGGUCCAGAGCUUUUGCACGCUGGUAUCGUGGUUAUGUCGAGCUGAAGCGAGCAGCGAAGGAGCCACUGACUCAAGUACGUGCAGAACACAGGAAACAUCUGCUAGACUGUAAGCUUGUGUAUCCGAACGCAGACAUCGAUGCUCGUUCACAGAGAUUCAGGACCACAGACGGGAGGAGCUUCAAGAGUGUUGAGCUGGAAAGAAUAAACAGCUUCAAUACCAUCAUCGCCGAGGGCAUGGCAGAAAUAGAAGCAUUCACGCAAAACUCUGGCACGAUACGGUGGGAUUCCUUUGCAGGGUAUACGGGGUUUUCUGGUGAAACGUUCUGGAGCGACAACGCAGAUGGUAACGCAUCAAGUGAGGCUUAUCUCGAUAGAGUAGAGCGUCUGAGAUCGAUUAAGCCGUACACUAUACGGAAAUGGUGUCGGGAUGUUGUCAAGCACAAUGGUCAAGAGGAUAUGAAUGACAUGAAUGUUUCAGCUCCUUCAAGUAUUCAGGAGAUGAGGGCGGCGGGAAUGAGUGGAUUCGCCGACUACGGCGACGAACCCGUCACUGACUGGAAAUUGAUUUUGAAAGGCGGAUAUGAGGCGAUAACGGAUUUGCAGAGGUGGCAGAGCUCGAUAGACAGGACCCUGCUGCUACGAGCUAUCAACGACGAGUUUGACGGCGCGGAGGAAAUGGAAUUACAGGGCAGAGCUGGUUCCGGAGAGGCGAAUUUGAUCAUGGCUGCCACCCUUAGGGCAACUUACAGUGCUGACGCGCAAUCAUGGAUCGUGGCACCAUAA